GAGUAUGUGUUCCGACUGGAACAGACUCGCAGCCCACGCCCUAUACCAGGCGGGUGGCUCGACCUGAUCUCACGGCCUUGAGGGGCACGUCUCUUGCAGCUCAGGAGGCCCGGGCCACACUGAUCACUAAGGUACAGGAGGAAUGUCAAGCCUGGUUCGAGAACACCAGCCUGCCCAUUCCCUCCAGCUUUGGUUUCAGACGCGGUCUGGGCACCGACGAUGCUUUAUUCAUGAUCCGACGAUUGGAUGAAGAAAUAGGUCUUGUAUGUGGCAUUCCUUGGCGAUGGCAAGACCGCAUGAACUUAGAGUCCAGCUGGACACGCAAGAACGAUGACCGCCAAUGUCACCGUGCUCUGGUUGAAACAACCAUCUUCGCAGACGACACGACCUUACAUGGUGACCGACAGGAACUACAUGUCUCUGAUGCCCUCGGCCCCUCGGGCAUGGACUGCUUUGCCAGCGCAGUUGCGCAAUGGGGCUCUGAGGAACAUGCUGGUAAGAGGGAACUCCACACAUAUGGCACUGAAACUGACACCUGCCUGGUAGGAAUUCCCCCUCUUGCUGCCGCCAUGGAACAGGAACAAAUGCGCUGGCUCGGGCACAUCGCUCGUAUGCAGUCCGACCAACCCAGGACCUAUUCUAAGAUGUUCGCACGUGGCACCUUGGAUGCAGGCGAGUUUCAACGGGUGGCAGCAGCGGCUGGGGGGCGGAUCUCGGCAGACCGCCGAUCAUUACCAGAGGCCUUCGAACAUGGUCACGUCCCCAGGGACGGCGGCAACCGUCUCCUGAAGCCAAAGCGCGCAAAGUUGAACUCCAGCGCAUCCGCCGUGCCCAGCCAAAGCCUGCUCUACCACCGCCGAGACAAAGAGUUGCCCCGGCAGCUGACCCCAACUUGCCGCGACCUGUCCGGCGACACGCCGAGCAAAGAACUUAUUACGCCGGACAAAAUCAGCGCAGAGUCACGGCAGCCGAAAGAGACCAAUGGCACUUGUGGAUGGACACCGCCACCAGGGACAAAAACUGCUCAGUAUACUGAAGCUGCGCAACACUGGCGCAAAUGCCGGGGAGAGAAGGCUCCCCAGGCCCCCAAAGAGCAAAAACUUGCCGUUCUUGCCCAGGCGGGCCAAACUGCAGCUCAGAUAGCCAAAGAUUCAGCGGAAGCUUCUUGGACAACUUGGACCAAGGAGAUCAGUGAGAAACACCCACAGCUUGCCAGCAGUCGAAAAUCUUCUGAAACCAGAUCUCGAAAGGAUCCAGCAUGGAGAAGGCGGGCCGCAGACAAAGCGGCCGCAAAACGCCGCGAAAAUGGGGCUCUGGAAGGUAUACCAAGUUAUUUAGCGGUGCUCUACAAGGUGCGGUCACCGCUUGCCAGUGAAAGGCCUGAGACUCACCGCAUGAGGCCGAACGGCCAAAAGGAUCGCUACCCACUUUUAGACCCAGUGAUUCAUUCCCUGCUCACAGACCUCCGCAAAGUUUGCUUCACCGUAGGUAGCAGGGACCUUCUCAGCGCGGCCCUGCCCUUCACCAGAACCAGGCAAGAUGCCAAGGCACUGUUUCGUGCAGUGACGCGCGCGAAAGCCGGCAACCAUGUAGGUGAUUUUGACCAGACCACCACUCUUGAAGCCACCGAUCCUGACGAUGUUGAUCCUCGUAUCAGACAUGCUCUACGGAUCAGGGCUCGCAAACUUGUUCUCCGGGAGAUCCAACGCGACAGGUUUGACUUCGAAG